UCGCACCUCUUCCCCGCACGCCGCCAUGGCCCUCCCCAAGACGCUCCACCCGGCGCUCACCCCCGACGAGCUCGCCUUCCUCGCAGAACACGACCAUAUCAGCAUCGUCCCGCUCUUCUCCAUGACGCGGGUCCGGCUCAUCAGCGGUAUAUAUGGGCCAUUCAGGCCGCCUUCAGCUUCUAGAGUCCCGCUGUGGCUCGGGCUGUCCCUCAAGAAGAAGAGGAAAUGCAGAAUAGUGCCGCCCGAAUGGCUUUCUGCCGAGAGAUUACAAGCAUUCCUCAGAGACGAAAAGGAGAAUUCUGAAGGGUUUGAGCGAUUACCGCGGCGGUUUAUGGAGAUCAGCAAGGUCUUGCUGGACAUCGCAUCGGACGAUUUAUCUCAACCCACUCUUCUCCGGUCAUUAUUAAAAGACAUUCGAGAAGUCAGGCAAGCAAAAAUUAGGAUGGGCCUGCAGAGCGAGGAUGUCUUGCAAAACGACUAUCUCCAGGUGACCAAUCUCACUCCCUUGGAACUGUGUGAACUCAAACCGUUUCUGGUGAGGGCGAUGGGUCUGAUGCAAACUCUCAGACCUCCAGAAGAGGAAGAAGACGAGGAAUAAAGUGUCUUUCGUAAAAUGACAGGGCAGCUUGAUGGCCUGGCUAAUUCCAUGUGUAUUUGUUGUAUGAUUAUUUAUCUCCGCAUAAUACCAGAUCAAAUGCAUUCCAUCACAUAGUUCAUCCUAUCAUUAUCAUAUCACACAAAAAUGAAAAAAGAAGACAAGAAAAGGAGCCAAAGGAAAAUCACGCCAGGGUAAAAGAUUCAACCCACUUAUAGCUUGAAUUUAGUAUCGAGAAGGGCUCAGAAGAACAGUUCUUGAGAGUAAGAAAGAAAGCUGGUAGUACAGAUACUAUUGAAAAGGCAAGAAAAGAGAUUCGAGAAAGACGUCGAAUGCAGUGUUCAG